AUGUUCUUCUGUUCGUUUUGGCUGUUUUGGCUUUCAAUUUCUUCAUCUCUCGCUAAUCCUGAAAAACAAGGAUAUGACAAAGAUUCUAUUGUAGUUGGAUACGGCAAUCAUUUUGUGCAAUUGGAGAAUAAAACUGUCAUUUUGAAUGACAAAAGCUUGAUUGCUGAUAAUAUCAACGAUGUUUUAGACAGUCAAGUUGAGAAGCAUAUCGAUAUGGACAAACCCUAUUCUGCCUGUAUUAGUGAUCUAAAUGAAGAAUAUAUAAUUCUGGAGUAUGAACAAAAAUGGGUUGAAUGGAAAGGAUGUUCUGUUGAUUUAAUAACAGAGAGUGAUCACAUCGAGUUUACUGUUUUGCUGUUGUUGAAGGAUUGUAUAAAACAUGAAUAUUGCCAAAUCGCAAAUCGAGAAGGAGGGACUGUUCUGCCUUUUGCUUAUGGUUUGGGCUGUGAACAAUUCGUUAGGAUCAGAAACAACAAAGGACCUCUUUAUGGAGAAGGUUCAACAUGUCCAAAUAGAGAUCAAUGUAAAAAAUCAGCAGGAUACGAUCCCAAAACGGACCUUAAAAAACCCGAUUGCAUGCCUUGGACGCCAUUGGAGUUUGAAUGGAGAUGUGUUACUCCACACGAUUCACAUUCAAGUUUACUGGCAUCUAUAUUCCCGGUUGGUGCAAGUGAAAUGGCUGCUGGCGUGAAGGGAAAGUUCAAUAAUCAGUCUACUGCCGUAAAAGUCUCUGUAAGAAUCAACAAAGACAAAAGUAUUGAUAUUGGGAAUCUUGCAAUGUUUUUGGACGAUAAAUGGGUUUUGACAGAAAAAGAAAAAAUGUUGGAACAAGUCCAUACUUCUUUUGCUUGUGUCAAUUCAAUUCUGGAACCAGAAAUGUGGGAAAUUGUUAAUGCUACGAGGGAGGAAUUUGAAAAUAAAAAAUUGUUGACUUUUUAUUUCCUGCCAAUGCUGGUACCUCGUCAUCGUAGUGUUGGUAUAAUGAAAGGGCACAAUGUUGGUACUGAAUGUGAUAAUGUGAAAAUUGUUUUUUCUCGUAAAGAAUAUCAAAUGUUAAUUAUUGGAGCGCCAUCAAAUAGAACUGUUAAUCAAACAGAUGAAAAACCAUUCUAUAAGGGAUUGCUUCAUCCAUUGCCAAUUCGUGACAGUCAAACAACAGUGCAAAAUAAUGAUGUUUUAACUUCUUCCAAACCUUCUAAAGGUAAAUUUAAGAGAGAAAUUUCGGGUAAGGGUAUCGCAGUCCCAAGGUACCGCAGAGCUAUAACUUUGUUCAGAAUCGUCGAAUCCGGGACGCCCUGGUAUGGUUCGAUGCGCCUCGGCGAGCCGAAUCGAACCAUACCAGGGCGUCCCGGAUUCGACCAUUCUGAACAAAGUUAUAGCUCUGCGGUACCUUGGCCUGCUCCCGGAAUUUCUAGUAAAAAUUCAAAAAAAUUUUUUGUAAUUGUAGAUAAAAGAGAAACUACAGAAACUACUACUCAAGAGACAACAACUACAAAAAUAGAAGAGAUUGUUGAAACUUCCAAAAAGGAAGAGAUUGUCGAGACUACUAAAGAAGAGAUUAGCAGUUAUUCGACAAAAGAUCCUUCAGUAGAUUUCAAUCAAACUACUUCAAUUCCUUCAAUCAGCACUACAAAUGGGACGGCUAUUGAGAUUGUUGGGAAUAUUUCAACUGAUAACUUCACUAUUUCUUCCCCACCAACACCAACAGUAAUUUCGUCUUCAAAAGAAACAACAAAAGAAGGAUUUCCUUUUAAAUAUUUAAUUAUUGGAGGGAUUGUUGGAGUUGUUGUUUUGUAA